GUUCAGAUAUCAUUAUAGGGUGACGUCAUAACAUACCAGCUGGAAACACUGAAAUUACAGUAAGUAGCCAACAUCAAAGAUAUAGCAAUGUGAUCUCCGUGUUAACUACAAUGUGUAUCAAUUCGCUAAAUCUAAGUCUCAAAUUUGAUGACAUCAUUGGUUGCCUAAAAACCUGUUUUAAAUUCGGGCAAUCCUGUGAUUUCGUCACAAUAUCUUAGAGGAUAUAAUGAAACACAUUUAUUGAAAGGUACGAAGUAUAUUCUAAUAAUACCAGUUUAAUUGUUUCGAGUUAUUGUAAAUAUUGAUUGAAGGUGUGUGAUCCUUACAUUAAUUUCGAUACGAGAUCAAAUUAAUAGUGGAAAUAAUAUUAAUAUAACAAUGUAGCCAACGUUAAUACCAAUAUCCGUUGCAAAAAAUAGGACUAACAGAUUCGUGGAAAAUUCAGUGAUAGUAUUAUGAGUGUGCCACCCCCUAUUCGCCAUGUGACAUAACUUCCAUACAUAAUUUGUUUCAUUAAAUAUGAAAAGAAAAUACCUUGGCAUUCAAUAUAUUACCAGGAAUAAUGUAUCAUUCACAUUGAAGGAUAUUAAGCCAUUUCAAACUGGGGUUCUAAUGAAUUAUUUUAUGACAUUGCAUACAGACAGUUGCUCGAAUGUGAUUACACAAAAAAAAAAGAUGUUCCAAUGAUUUUUGUAUUUCUCAUUUAAUUCAGUCAUUCUAACCAUUGUUUUGAAGGAUUUUAUCGAACACUUUGUGAAGACAUUGAUAUCCAAGUGUAAACUUGUUAUCGAUACGUACUGUAUAAGUGAGAGAAUGAAGUAUCCGUUAAAAACUGAGCUAUAAAACUUCAGUUCGUGAGAACAAUGUUUGGGGAAGGGGGGGGGGGAUAUGAUACAUUCCACAUCGAGGCUUACGCACAGUCACAUAAUAUUAUCAAACUGCUUAUGCUUACUCGAAGCAUAAAUAAUAUGAAUGUAUAUACACAUGUAUAUAAACCAAGAAAGCUUCAACGCGCACAAAAAAAACUCGAUCAACUUAUAGAUUAAAAAGUAACGGAAAUAUCAAAAUUUGACAAUAUUUUGUGAAAAAGGGUAGGUUUAUAAAUGCAGUUGAUGGUAUAUGCGUGAGCAAUGAGUAUCCCAGUAACAAAUUAAGAAAAAGAUUAUCUUACAUAUUUAAUCAAAAGUCAAUCAUAUUUUCUCAUUUGUGGAAAAAACCUUGAGUAAAUCACCUUAGAUUCAUUUCGUAAGUUAAUAACAACCAGACGGUCGGGAGAUUUAUAUUUACAAAGCCAUGCCGAGAAGGGUUUCAUAGUUUUAUUAUUCCCUAUUUUCAUUGUAAUAUUUGUCAGACAUUAUUCUUUUUAUUCUAUUCAAUUCAUUAUCGUUUUCAGCCUGGAGUACACCUUCAACUUUCUGGUGCAUCAGCAAGCACGCCCUCUUCGGCAAAUAUUUGGUGAAUAAGGCAUCUAGGAGAGCUUUCCACAACAGAUCAAUACUCUGAUCACCAUGGCAACUAACUUCAACCCAGACCAACAAUGUGAAGGAAAGGAGUGUCAAUCAAUCACAGAUGUGACGUACUACGUGGAGGAGAAGAAGAGACUCUGUGAUGACUGCGCCUCUAAAGAAGAAUGCAUCGCAAGACUUAAAAGAGGUGUACCAAAUAUUUAUUGUGAAGAACAUGAUGAAAAGGUAAAAUUAUAUUGUAAAACUCAUGGUAUACCAUUGUGUUAUUCAUGCGCUAUGAUCAAACAUCAACAGCCUUGCGAGCGACAAGAUAUUAAUGAUGCAAAAAAAGAAAGUGGGGCGAGGCUAACAGUUCUAAAAGAAAGAGCGAGGGACAAAGUGAAAGAAGGUCGUCUUUAUGAAGAUGAAAUUGACCAAUGCACGAAAGACACAGGCACACAUCUACAAGCUUUGAAAGAUAAAGUUAAUUCCAUAAUCAAGGAGGCGAUCGACACAGAUAAAGUCAAAGAGAAGAUGGAGGCUGACAAAAUCAACCAAGAAUUUGAUGAUCAGAAUCAAGUACUUCAAGAAGAGAUUCUGAAGAUCAAUGAGAAGAUUCGAAAGAACAAUGAAGAGAGAGAGAAACAACUUGAAUUAAUCCAUACAAAUGCACAGAUUAGACAAAGACACCUGGACAAUAAGAAGAUUGGUCUUCAUAGAGAUAUUGAUAACAUUGUUAAAGAGAAGGAUAGGAAGAUCAGAGAGUUGAUGAAAUCAUUACAGGAUGACACAAAAACAAUGGAGAAUGCAAUACAGACCAUAGAUACAGUACUAGAAGACGAUAAAAACAUUGUUAAAGACGGUCAUAGUGUGAACAUGUCAGUGAGUGAUAAACUAAAGAAACCACUUUAUAAGAAUGAUGUGAAACAAAUCACUGAUAUAAUAUCAUGUGUGAGGUUUAUGAAGGGUGUUGGGAGAGAGAAGUAUGAUGGUAGGAUUGGUGGGUAUGAUGGCGAGUGGAUGCUUAGUGAUACAAUCAAUGUCAAAGAUAAAUUCACAUCCCCAAUUAUUGUGGGUUGCAUAGAUGAAUGUAAUGUGAUCAUCACUGACAGAGUCUCAGGUUGCCUGCAUACAUACAUGUUAGAUAUAAACACUAAACACAUUCAGAGAGUGAUAACGGGUACUGAUACAUCAUUUGUCGUCUCCUGUGCAUUACUGAAUGAUGACAAGAUAGUAUGUGGUAGAUGGUGUAAAUGUUGUACAGGGGACAGUCUGACUGGAUGCAUCAGUGUGUAUGACAGACAAUGGAUGCGCAUCAAUGACGUCACAAUACCAAGAAACACAACACGCGAUGCCUCAUUGGUGGAUGUUGCUGUUGACCGUGAUGGGAUGAUCAUCGCUGCUGAGAGGGGUCAGUCUAAGAUAUACGUCAUCAACCCAGCUGAUAGUAAGAUCGUGAAUACCAUCACAUGUAAACAGGAUGUAGUGAUGCGAGGUGUGCUAUCAUCAGGUCACAUCAUCGCUCGACCUUACCCUCUUGGUAAGAGAGUACUAAUCAUAGACAGACAGGGUGGUCAAAGGGAAAUCCACCACAUUGAUGUCAUCUUCAAUGUCUGUGUUGAUCCUAUAACAGACGACCUCUACGUUGUGACAUCAGAUGAUGAGGGCAAGACGUGUAUGAUUGAUCAGGUGAUGAGUGGGAAUGAAGUGAAGAAGAGAAGAGUGACGUCAUUCCCACUAUCAAUUAGACUGACUGAUGGGGAUGAUAGGUUGGGUAACCUUUUAUUUUCCCGUGUAAUGAUAUCAUCAUCGGGCAAGAUAAUUGCUUGUGAUGGAGAUAGUAUUCUCGUAUUCGAAAAGCGGCUCACAUUCUAAACGAUGAUAUGUCGGGAUCAUUCACUAUGAUGAAUAAGAGACACACUGACCAGAAUAAUACCCUCUUUGGAUAAUUGAAAUAUCUGUAGCAGUGAGGCCUAAUAAGACCUAAUAACUCUGACCCAUUUUAUACAUCACGGUUAACAAUAGGCAUUUCUUAAAAAAAAAUAAUAAUAAACCCCAAAACUCCCGUAUCCAAGAACAUGUAUCAGCCAUGAGGAAAUAGGUUUCUAUAUCAUUGGUUGAAAAUAUUAUUGACGAGGUCAUAUUGCAUAAAAUAUGACGAGCCGUCAUCAUCAUCAUCAAGCCUACACGCCAUGAUGGAUUUCCUUUAGAAAGUAUUGCUUUGCAAAAUGUAUAAUACAUCUUGUAAUACUUAUUUUCACAACUUAUAUUACGACUAAUACUCCAAUGUUGUUAUAUAAAACCUUUUUAUAUUUUUACAUUCUGAUACCGAUGUGAAUGCAGAAAUAAAAGUAAAUCAAAACAAAUAAUGUCAUAAUGGCAUAAUGUCAUAUUUUAUAUUUCCAUGUUUUCCGGUAUUUGAAAGAUAGAUAACCAAACACACUUCCGAUUUGAAGGUGCAGACAUUGAUCAGAUUCUACUGAGUGUAGCGUCUGAACAAAAUAAUUUAGUCAAGAAUUUACAACAUUCCAGAGAUUUAUCGUAAAAUUGAACAAAGAGAUGUAAAACAAAAUAGAUUAGAAUCAUUCACCCUCAAUUGGACUGGCAAUCCUCACGGAGCGAAUGUAAUAUGCAUUCUUUUCAUGGAAAAUGUUUAACUUACUUCCUUAACAAUAUGGCAUGAGCCUGCCAGACUUCUAAUUUAAACAUUGGUGCCACAUCUCCGUUUUAAUUAGAUUUCUAUCCGCGAACAUGAAGAACAUGAAACUGACAAGAUUGAUUAGAAAACGAUUCAAUGUAAAUUUCUUAAUGUUGACCUUUUCAGUGCAAACAUAUGGGAGGCCGUCGCAUGAAAUAUUCCCAUUUUAAUAAGCCUAUAUACUGGCCGAGUGUGUUUUCCUUAAAUAUAUUUUCCGCUGGCAUCAUUCUUUAUUAAAAACAAAGGAAGAAUUAUAUGCAAGGUUUAAUCAAUUCAACGGUGUAUAAUAUAUGAAGUAAUUAACGUAGUAAGAUUAAGGGAACUUAAUUGGCGUGCCAAGUCGACACCCGAUACUUAUUAAAGGGGGACAUGGAUAUCACUCAUGUUUAUGUUAUGUUGCAUGGUUGACUGGCAUGGAGAGAGAGAGAGCGGGGGGGGGGAAUAGGAAGGUAAAGGGGGAGAAGAUUGGACAGAAAGGAGAGAGAGAGAG